GGCGUCCUCCACAAAGGGAAUCCACCCUACCACCCCGGAUAAAGUCCUAUGGCGACCAGCAAGUGGCGACGGGGGCAGGUUUGUGUAGUCUGGAAGCCCCUAGUCAUGAGCUGUCACAUCAGGCGAUGGAUGUCAGAAUCAGUCGCUGGGCUCUUGGGACGAGGCAAAAGAGCUCUUCGGCAGCUACACCCAUGACUAAGCAGUCCUAUUUAGGAUCCGCUCUGCUUACCCCACAUGGGGAAGGGGCUAGAAAAUGUGGCCUAAAAAUAGCCUGCCUCAUACCUCCCGACUGGAUUACCUCGUCCAGAGGGAACACCCCAUUUGUGGUCAGAAACAAAAUAAAUUUAAUUUUGGAGCCUGGAAUGUGCGCACUCUGAUGGACAGCACCUCCAGUGACAGACCUGAGAGACAAACCGCCAUCAUAGCCAGAGAACUGCAGAGAUGCCGGAUUGAUAUAGCUGCUCUCUCCGAGACCCGGCUGGCAGGUGAAGGGCAGCUGAAGGAGGAGAAAGGUGGCUACACUUUCUUCUGGAAAAGAAAGCCAGCCGAUGAGGCUAGAAACUAUGGAGUUGGACUUGCCAUUAAAAACCAGCUUGUCAACCACCUCUCCGAACUUCCUGUGGGGAUCAGCGAGCGCCUCAUGACAAUCCGUCUGAUGUUGGCCAACAACCAGACAGCGACAGUAGUGAGCACCUAUGCCCCUACCCUAGACUCCGACGUGGAAGAAAAAGAAGCCUUCUACGCCUGCCUUGAAGAAACCCUGUCAAAAAUCCACAAGGAGGACAAGAUCAUCCUCCUUGGAGACUUCAAUGCUAGGGUAGGCCGGGACCAACAUCUCUGGAAGGGCACUGUUGGCAAGGAGGGUAUCGGGAAUAUCAACUCCAAUGGAGUGCUGCUUCUGAGUAAGUGCGCUCAGCACAACCUCAUCAUCACCAACACUCUCUAUCGACAGAAAAACAAAUUCAAGGCAUCUUGGAGACACCCUCGCUCCAAGCAAUGGCACCUCACUGAUUAUGUCAUUGUAAGGGCCAGGGACCGCUGUGAUGUGAACAUCACAAGGGCCAUGAUAGACUCUGACAACUGCUGGACAGACCACCGCCUUAUCCGAUCCACAAUGUCUAUCAAACUUAAAAAAAGGAGGAGGAUUCAGAAGAAGCAGACACGGCGAAGACUGAACCUUGACAGCCUGAAUGAAACUGCCAUCCAGAAGCUAAUUCAGGACUCUCUUGAGAAAAGUCUUCAGCAAGAAUAUCCUGAUAACAUUGAAGAGCACUGGGGCCUUCUCAAAUUCGCCAUCCAUGACUCAUGCAAAUCCACCCUUGGGUAUCAGUCCAAAAAACAUCAGGACUGGUUUGAUGAAAAUGACACAGAGAUAGAGGCAGCACACUCCAGAGCCAAGUUUGAUGUUCAGAAAUUGACGAGGGAGCUCAAGAACAAAUGGUGGACAGAAAAGUCUCUAGAACUCCAGAGACUGGCAGAUUCAGGUAACACCAGAGGCUUUUUUAGUGCCACUAAGGCUGUCUAUGGCCCUAGCCACCGCGGCUUAAAUCCCCUGCGCCCAAAAGAUGGACAGACUCUUUUAAAAGACAAUGACUCCAUCAACGCACGUUUGAAGGAGCAUUUUCAAGAACUUCUGAACCGUGACAGCUCAGCCAAACCAGACAUCGCCGACCAUAUCCCACAGAGUCCCAUCAGAGAAGACAUGGGGGAACCUCCUACCCUAACUGAGGUUCACAAUGCCAUCAGAAAUCUCAGGAACAACAAGGCCACUGGUCCUGACGGGAUCCCCGUGGAAAUCUUAAAGGAAGGAGGACCAAGGCUCUGGCAACACAUCCACCAUCUUCUCAUCAAUGUCUGGGAAAGGGCGGAGUUCCCCUCAGAGCUCCGGGAUGCCCAAAUUGUUACCAUUUUCAAGAAAGGGGAUAGGGCUGAAUGUGGAAACUACAGGGGCAUCUCGCUCCUAUCAACAACAGGCAAAGUCCUUGCUCGUGUCCUCGCCAACCGCCUUCUACCACUAUCUCAGGAGAUACUCGCAGCCAUACUCCACCUUACUGGCCAAGAGUUGCCACAGGGGAUCCCAAUCCUUUACAGGACUGACGGCAGGCUCUUCAACCUUAACAGGAUCAAAGCCAAGAGCAAAGUCAGAAAUGCCACCAUCAUAGAGCUGCAAUACGCCGAUGAUAACGCUAUUGCAUCACACUCUCCUGAAGACCUCCAGGACAUCCUAAAUGCCUUUGCCAAGGCAUACAGAGCCCUGGGUUUGGUCUUGAACAUCAAGAAAACUCAGGUUCUGUAUCAACCACCACCCAACCAGCCAUCACUCCAGCCUAUCAUGAAAGUGGAUAACACCACUCUGGAAAGCGUGGACCACUUCCCCUACCUUGGCAGCAUUCUCUCUUCCAAAGCUGAUAUAGACUGUGAAGUUAACCAUCGCCUAAGCUGUGCCAGCGGAGCCUAUGCCAAACUCAGGAAAAGAGUCUUUGAUGACCGAGACCUGAGGGCUCAAACCAAGGUCCUGGUUUACAGAGCUGCAAUUCUCCCAACUCUGCUGUACGGAGCGGAAUCUUGGACCAAUUACAGCAGACACCUGAGAGCACUGGAACGAUUCCAUCAAAGAGCCUUAAGAAAAAUCCUGAGGAUCAACUGGGAAGACAGAUGUACAAACUCUAGUAUUCUGGAGGAAACGAAUAUGCCCAGCAUCACUACCACCAUAAUGCAGCACCAACUCCAAUGGAUAGGACAUGUCAUCCGCAUGCCCAACAACCAUCUCCCUAAGCAGAUCCUGUACUCCCUGCUAAAAGAAAGACAGCGAGCCCCUGGUGGGCCAAAGAAACACUUUAAGGACAAUAUCAACACCAGCCUGAAAAAGUUUAACAUCACGUCCGGUGACUGGGAGAAUCUCGCGUUAAACAGGGACUACUGGAGAAAAGCAGUGAAGGAAGAUGCAGCACACCACGAAACAGAACUCCGGCGUGCUGCAGAUGUAAAGCGGCAACACCGCAAGGACAAACAGAGAAAGGCUCCACCACCACACAUCACCUCAACCUUCCAAUGCCCACAUUGCACCAGAAUCUGUGGAUCACAGAUCGGCCUCUACAGCCACCAUAAACUAAUCAAGAACAAUCUUUCUACAGCAUUUAAUUGUAUUUAA